AUGAGGCGAACUACUGUUUCAACGUUUUUGGCUUUGGCGGUUGGUGGUCUGGCUUGGCCAACCUCGCUGCUGGAGACCAAUUCCAUUCCUGCUUUAGCGAAGAGAGAUGUGCCAAUGUGCGGUCCUUCAACAGGUGUCUCUUGCGGUAUGAAUGUUUGCUGUAGCGGAUCUGGCUACUGUGGAACUACCUCAGCGCACUGCAACUCGUGCCAAUCAGGCUAUGGAAGCUGCGCCGUUCCCACGCCUAAGAAGUGCGGCAAGACCUCUGGAACCGCAAAUGGACGAACCGUUGGCUACUACCGCGGAGCAUCCGGCACAGGGCGAACCUGCCAUGUAGUACAGCCCAGCAAUAUCGAUACGUCGAAAUUCACGCAUCUCAACUAUGCUUUCGCAGUCUUUGAUUCUGGAUUCAAUGUUGUCCCUCAGGAUUCCGCGGACGUGGCUUUAUACACCAAAUUUACUGCGUUGAAGAGUUCUAAGCUUGAGACUUGGAUCGCUAUUGGUGGUGGGGGAAGUACUACUCCUUGGAGUUCCAUGGUUGCCACUUCCGCCAACCGCGCCAAGUUCAUCACUUCUCUCAAGGCUUUCCUCGUAAAAUACGGCUUUCAAGGUGUUGACCUAGACUGGGAAGUCCCCCUUAAUACAGCAGACAAGGUAGGCUAUACUAGUCUUGCAAAAGAACUCCGAGCUUCCUUUGGCACUACCUAUAAGAUUAGUAUGGCCUUCCCUGUCGACUACGGAGACAUGUUCUACGUCGAUGCUAAGGGAAUGGAGCCCUACCUCGACUGGAUAGGCUACAUGUCCUACGAUAUCAAGAAUCCAGAUGGGACCGUAGCCGGCCAUACCGAUAUUGUGAAGGUUGAGGAUAAGGCGUUGCCGUUCUGGUUCAGUGGAAUUCCGCCUGCUAAACUUAACUUGGGACUUGCUAGUUAUGGACAUGGGUAUACACUUGCUAGCACGAACUGUCGAGUCGCAAACUGCGCAGCAACCGGCGUCUCAGCGCCAGGUACCUGCAUCCCAGAUCCUACUGGAGUGAUGUCCCUCUUCGAUAUCAAAGACAUCAUUGCAGCCAAGUCAUUGAAUCCAGCUCUAGUUUCUGCGGGCAUGUACAAGUACAUUGCGUUCAAUAAUGGUCAGUGGAUUGGGUAUGAUGAUGCAGAAACGGUGGCGUUGAAGAAGGGGUGGGCUAAUGACUUCUGCUUUGGUGGAACUAUGCAGUGGGCAAUCGAUUUGGGUAGCUUUUAA